ACUGGCCUUGGAGAGAAGAAGGAAGUGCAGUUACAUUGAGGAGGGAUCAAAACAUCAAAACUGGGUUGCCGUUUUUACAGACAAAUUCAGGUGCAUAGCGAAGGCGAAAGGCUUCGAGAAGCCUGGGAUUUCUCUUCAAAUUCUGAUACAAAAGCUGGGAUGAAGAACUGUCUAUCUAAUUUCAGUUUAUUUAAUGGCAGAUAUUGGAAAUUUCACAGUAAAAAGGAAGACAUUUUUAUCAGACAUAUAAGUGCCAUAAGCCCUCGACAAAGAUCUUUACAUCAUCCGUAAAUGAAUCAUGCAAUAUUGAAUUUAAAGUUUGUGAUUGAAUUUGAUUACUUUGGUAUUGCAUUGAGUGAGCGCAAGAUACAACAGACCAUUUUGUGCGCGGGAGCUGAGGAUCUCCACGACCAGUUAGCUCUGUUGUCGGAGGUAUUUAAAUUCAAGGCAAUCAUUGUUAUUGCACGAAAUGUUUCCAGCUGGAUACAGUAAGGCCUGAAAAGUUUGUGUGUUCGCUGUUUUUGAACGACACAUUUGACCGAGUUUAUUUGAUGUGGGCCAGUGCAUAGUUAAUUGUUAGGUUAGUUAUUCGUACAACCAUUGUUGCAUAUCUACCUAACGUGUAAGACAGAGGAUUGCGAAAAAGACAAGUGUCAUUUUGUUUAUCACAAUUGGCUACAUGACCUCCUGUUGGUGGCAGAUUGUAGCCUUUUACGGUCGUCUCUAAGCCUAGGGGCUAGAUCGGGAAUGAGUAUACGCAUUUUAAACACUUAAUAUUUUGCGUGAUAAAAAUAAAUAAACUGUCAAGAUGAAACUCCUGGAGAAUUCUAGUUUUGAAGCCAUAAACACCAGACUCACCAUUGAAACGGGGGACUGUCAGAUAAUAGGAAGGAUCGAGAGCUACUCUUGCAAGAUGGCAGGCGAGGACAAGCAGAUGUUCAAGCAGUUCUGUCAGGAGGGACUGCCUCAUGUCCUGGAAGCUCUGUCCCCUCCACAGUCCUUAGGAAUAAGCCCCAACAAGUUGAGCCAGAGUGGAGACGAGGGGGAAGGGCCUCUCUCUGACAAGUGCAGCAGGAAGACCCUCUUUUACCUGAUCGCCACCCUCAACGAAUCCUUCCGCCCCGACUAUGACUUCAGCCGCACCAAGAGCCAUGACUUUAGCAGAGAGCCCAGCGUUAACUGGGUGUUCAACGCAGUGAACAGUAGUCUGUCGGCGGCGGCCGGGGAGGAUUAUAGUCUGCUUCAGCCCCAGCUGUGGGAGGCCAUCGACGCUGAGAUCUGCCUGUCCGAGUGUGACAUCUACAGCUACAACCCAGACCUGGACUCUGACCCGUACGGAGAGGAGGGCAACAUGUGGUCCUUCAACUACUUCUUCUACAACACAAGGCUGAAGAGGAUCGUCUUCUUCACGUGCCGCUCGGUCAGUUUAUUCAUGGCCCCACGGGACUCUGGCAUUGGCAACGAACUGGACCUGGAGCUGGAUGAAGAUUGUUAUGAGAACAUGGAUGAAGAGAGCAGGUAUGGUGCCCUGUGUGCCCAGUGAAGUCCCAGUCUCAUACAGGACCAGACGGUAUACUGGAUGUCUGUCUGUACCCACAUCACCAUUUCUUUUACAACUCAUCUUAAACUCAUCAUAUUUCGUGUUGGGAUUAUACUUUUUUUUCUGACUUUGUGUGGUGAACCUCGCUCUAUUUCACUGCGGAAAUCAGACUAUGAGCUUGGAGAUCUGUUACUCAUGUUCAGAUGAGGAUUAUUCCCAUUUAUUUGUGUUUAUCAUUUUAAUUUUUCCAUCGCUACGUUCUCCUUACCUUGAUUAUCAGAAAGAAAGGCUUUGUUUGUGUUUGACCUGGUAUUAGAGCAUGUCCUGGCACUCAUUAAUUUGCAACUUAUUUUACAUUCUCUUUGCUGGUUUUGAUAAUGCAUUAAUUAAGCAAAGUUUUAGAUUUUAUUAUGUUUUUCAAGCUUUACCAUUCCAAAGUGUGAGCUGUUCUCAUACCAAAUUGGCACUCAAGGUUUCGGUAUAUGACCAUUCUCUGACUGCAUGCUUGAGGGCAUGUUUGAACACCAGGGGGCAGACUCAAUUUAGGUUUCCUCCACUGUAGCUACAUCCAUAAAACUGCUGUUUGCAGUUGGCCAACCAAUACUGUCACUUCAAUCUCAGCUGAUGGAAAAGUCAUAUAACAGCUUGAAUCAGUCUGCCUCUUGGUAAUGUUCUACCUUUCAUACCAAUACUACUCAAGCCUACAAUUGUUUAUUUGUUUUUAUUUAGCGACAAGUGCAGUCUAUAGUUUUUAUGGGUCAAGCCAGCAAAUAACGAUUCUGCUGUAUCUGUUCCAAAAGCACUUGAGAAUCAAGACUAGAUUCAGAAUUCCAUCGUGUGUUUUAAGGACUUAUGUGACAUGUGACUUCUCAUAUGUAGUACAAACUCUGCUUGUGGAGUAUACUGUUUGAAUUUACAUAUCUUGUAUUUUAAUAUAACUUAAAGCCUUUUUUAGGUAUUGCUUUAGUUGAAGCAUUUUGUGUGUGUGUUUAGUUAGAGCAGUGCCCCCUGUGUGUGGCAUUUUUAAAUGUAAUUUUAGACAGUCUCAAGACAAAUCUAAAGUCUGAUUUAUAAUUUCCACUGCAAAAACUCCCUGUAGAGAACAGUGAUGCCUAUGGUCCAACUUUCCUGAUCAAAUGAAGCAUGUACUGAAUAUAAAAUAAUGCAUUUGUGACUAAUGGGUGGACUGAAGAGCAAGGAUACCUAUUUAGUAGUGAGUGGUUGGUUAGUCGUCUUCAAUGGUCACAACUCCUGUAUCAGUAUUUUGUUUGUCCUAUUGACUACCAGCUGGACAGUGUUACUGUAUGUGGCAUACAUCUUGCUCUUGCACCUUUUUUGUAUAAGUAAAAUGUGAAAGACUCAUAUCCUUCGUACAUUAGGUACAAAAUGGUAGAAUGAUACAGUAGGUAUUGUAAAAUUUCAUUUAGUCCCUUCUAUGUAAUGUAUAUCUAUCUGCCUCUAGUGACGUUGAAAUUACAAACCUAUUCCUGAAUUUGAUUUCAAAUGUCAACAACAUCCUAAGUUAUCAGCAUAUUGACUUUUGACAAACACUUUGUGCAGGUAGACAUGUCUACAGUACACAUUUUCUCGUUGAUUAUCUUUGUUGACAGAGCAGCUGUUUUAGACUUUCAACACUGAUUUGUGUGAAAAUAAGGUGGUUGUCAUGGCAAGGACAUGCAAGCUUAUUGCCUCCGACUUCCGGGUGAUAUGGUCCAAUUAAAUACCAAGAAGCGAGAUAAUAUUGUUGCGGAACUCUUGCAACAUUGGCACAUUUAUUUUAGUCUUGUGCUAAUGACUGGCAGCUUACAAGACCUCAUACUUGUGGUUUUAUUUCACUAAACCUAAAUCCAUUUGAUUUGUCACCAUGUAUAAUAAAGGUCUUGACUAAAAUU